AUGCCUGGUUACAUUCGCUACCAGCAGACAAACAAGCUAAGGGACAAGUCCACACUAUUUUUCCUCUGCUCAUUUAUUCUUGUCGUUGUUUACACGACCGUUAUUGGCCUCGUGCUUGUUCACGUACUAAAGAUAACGAAAGACAUCGAAGACAACAACGACGAACUGUUGAAAGCGAACAAGAAGUUAGAAGAAAAACUGGAAUUACUUGUCAUCCGGCUAAAGAAACUUGAGGAAACAAACUCGGUCAAUUCGAGCGCGAUGCUCUAUGUAAAUAUAAAACCUCCCAGACAGCUGAAAACCGCAGGAAGAGCAAAUAUGAAUGUCGGAUCAAACAAAGUCAGGGGAAAAAACUGACCUGAAAAUUAAUUCUAGCCAAAGAUGCCACUAUGUAGGUGAGUUAAAACAAUUAGAGCCAGAUAUUCUUAUUUCAGAGGAAAGAUUUGAUACAAAAUAGUAAAUGAAAUCCUGUUCACUUUGACAGGAACAUUAGUUGUGGUCAAAUAUCUCGAGGCAAUAAAAGUCUUACUUUCAAUACAACUCAAUCUGCAUAAAGAGCGAAAAUUUCUCUAAUUUUCUUCGACUGUAUGCCUUCAUUUCUAUUAUAUAGUCUUUCUUAUUUUCAUUCUACAAAAUCUUACAGACUUAAAAUUGAGAAAGUAUUUCCUAGAAGCUCAAUUUUUUGGCAAAAUCGUGUUCAAAUUAUGCGACAAAUUACAAAUUCAUCGUCUCCCUAAUAGGCCGCGAGGCUAUCUUCUAAUUUAGGGUGCCAGAAAUGUAUACUGCGAAUAAAUGCAAAUGCGUACUGCUAAUUUUACCGCCGAGACGAAUCAUUUAAGCUUAUCUGGAAACGGAUACAGCUGCAUUUGCUUUGACCUGAUUUUGCAUCUUGUGUGUUUGUUAGCUUUCCCAUCUUCACAAAGCGACCAAAUUUGUUUUCCUAUGAUUUACACACCUCCUAAGAGUUCUCAGUACGAAACCAGUCUGUAAGUCUUUUAGAAAUCUUUUAUAACAUGAGGAUCAAUUGAAAAUUGCGAAAUAUUAUUUCAUAUCAUGUGAAUUCAUGAAAUGAAAACAAUUGCAACGGCUCCAAUUUGGCUGAAACUCCCUUAGUAACAACGAAGUAAACAGAUAAACAUUACGAGGCUAGCUUAAUUUCUGAUCAUGGCCUCAUCACCUUGUGUUACUUCCUUACAUGCGAUUUCUUCUUUUGUGCUUUUUUUUUUUUAAGCCAGGACGACUAAACACCUGCGUGCGCCAAGAAAAUUUAUUUUGAAAUGAUAUUAUUUUAGUUUAUAGGACGGCGUGAACCCUGUAAAGCU